AUGACUUUUUGUCAAAAAUUCGAACGUCGUGCUGAGUUUCGAAAGCUAACUGAGAUUUUGCGCCUUCAUCUUGCUCAAAUCCAAAGACAUCAACACUUACAACAUGCGGUCAAACUUUCGGCGCCGGAAUCGCUCAUAAUGAUGCAAGAGACACGUCUUUUACAACUUGAUACGGCGAUUCGAAUGGAACUCUGGCAAGAGGCGUACAAAUCAGCAGAAGAUGCGCAUGGAAUUAUGCAGCUUUCAAAAGACAAGGAUCGACGUAUUGUGAAACCAAGCAGCUACGUGAAUUAUUAUGAGAAACUGGCGCUGAUUUACUGGAAAGCGGACAAUCAAUUGUUUCAUGCUGCGGCCUUACUACAGAAGUUCGUGAUCCACAAGGAUAUGAAACGGACGUUCGCCUAUGAAGAUGCUCAAGAACAAGCCACCAGGGUGCUCCUUGCUGCUCUAUCAAUUCCCGAAGGAGCUGCUUUGCCAAGUGAUCUUACUCGAAUGCUUGACAUUGAAACACAACAUGGAGCCAACGUUCGAGUACUGACUAACCUGCUAAGGCUACCAAUUACUCCGACUCGAGAUGGAAUUCUUCGAGAAGCGGCUCGACAAGGAAUUUUUGAAUUGGCCAGCAACGAGGCUCAAGCCCUUUACAAACUGAUGGAGGAGAGUUUCAAGCCGAAUUUUCUCGUGAAGCUUGCUGAAGUGGAGUUGGGUAGAAUCGUCGAAAAGAAAUGCCAUGAUCAAUAUGUUGAAUCGCUCCGAAGCGCUUUUGCCACCAAAGCUUUAAGUCAGAUUUCCCUCAUUUAUGAGUCUGUGUCGUGGACUCGCCUGCGUGCCGUGCUUCCAUACUUUAAUGAUUUGCAACUUGAAUAUUUUUUGGCGGAUGCAGGAAAGCGGCGUUUCAUCAAGGCAAACAUUGAUCAUCAAGCGAAUUGCGUCAAGUUUGGAAGUUAUGAUGAGGCGACUUUGGCUGAGAAUGUCGAUCUGGAAGACGCUCGUGGUUUUACUGGGGACAGCACACAACUCGGCAUUGAUGGUGUUCGUUCUCAUCUACAAUUGAUGCAUCACAAGUUGCAAAAGAUGGUCGAGCAUCUGGACGGUGAGGAACGACGAGUAAAGAUUGUCGGCCAAAUCAAGAAAUGCGCGGGUGUCUACCUUAUGCAUAAAAGCGGCGACUAUGAAAGGAUUCAACAACGAAAACGCAAGAUCGAGAUGUAUAAAGUGGAAAGGGAGAAAAGGGCGAAACUAAUUCUCGAGCAAGUGCUCACUGAGCGCAACACUUUUGAGGAACAGAAGCGCGCUGAAGAGCAAAUACAUUUGGUCAAGUUAGGCAAGGAACACGAGCUUUUGCGUCAAAAGAAUGCAAAACGAGAGGUUGAAGACAAAAUUCGUGCGGACAAGAUGCAAAGGCUGCGUUCUAGCGUGAUGUAUCAAGAGAUUCUCAAGGAGUACACUGAAGAACAAUUGUUGUUGAUUGAUCCUGAAGAGAUUGUUUGCGAGCAGAGGGAACGAAUUGAUCAACAACGACAGAAACAACAACAACGGUUGCAACAACAGUGGAAGAACUUUGAUCAUAUGGCUCGUUCUUUCCAUCUUGAAGACGCAAAAGAGUAUCGAGCUGUGGAGGAAGUAAGGCGCACUAGAAUGCCAAAAUUGUUUGAUGGUUAUGAGGAACGUCGUGUUGCCGCCGCUAUAGCCGAUCACGAAAACGCCGUUAAGUUCUGGACUCAAUCACAGAUGAUUGCUGAAGAUGCAAAUGAUUGGGCUUGUUCAGUGAAAGAUGGCCAUGCCGAGGAUUUCAAGACAAAGAUGAUGGAGUAUCGUGAAAAGUUGGAAGCUGUUCGCAACGAUCGUCUUGCGGCACGUGCAGCUAAAAGGCGUCUCGCACGCGUGCAAGAAUGGGAAGAUAAAAAAGCUGAAGCUGAGAAGGCACGUCUAAAGGCUGAAGAGGAGGCAAGGAAAAAGAAAUACGAAGAUGAAUGCAGGGAACGGCGUGAACAACGCAUGCAAGAGCGUCAACAAGCAAUGACCGACACUUCACGAGCUAUGGCUGAUAGCAAUUGGAGAGGACCCGCUCAGCGUCCAACCCCUCGACCAGAAAUGGUCCGAAAGGAAUGUUUUGAUACACAACGACAGGGGCCUUCUGAAGCUGAUAAGGCGGAAACAUGGCGCACUAAGCCCGAUGCUCCAACUCAUCAUGCCAUACCUGUAGCUCGUUCUGAUGCCGAGAAGAUGGGGUCGUGGCGCGAUGGUCUCAAGCCGGCUCCAACUCAUGGUCAAUCUGUAUCUCGUUCAACAGUUUCCGAGGCUGAUAAGGGUGCAUGGUCUCGCCAAAAGCCGCAUUUGUCUAGUUCCACUUCUGAUGCAAAGUCGUCCGCUGCAGAUGCUGCUGCUUCCUGGCGCAAACCAAUUGCUAUUCUGAAGCGUGGUGAUUCUGUUAACACACAUUCUGACUCAAAGGAACAAGCUCAAGGCGGAAACAACCCCGUAGAUGCCACUGAGAACAAAGACCGAGAGUUUGGAAAGAAAGAUGAGAAUGCUGCACCUUCUGGGAAAUAUGUUGCUCCGGGAAUGAAGGAAAAACUUCCUCAGCUUUCUAUCUUGGCUGAAAAAACGAACAAACCAAUUGAUGCAAAAGAUGAAGAGGAAGAAGAGGAAGGAAACGACUGGAACGUCGUUGGCGGAAAUAAGAAAAAAACUAAUAUACUCGCUAAGUCUUCACAGCCUGCAUCGGGAUCGGGUAGUGUUCAUAAAACGGUUCCUCGUCAGAAUUUCAAUCGUGGUCCUUGG